AUGGACAGGCACAAGUCAACUCUGCAUCCCACCCGUCCCAGCCCGCAACAACCGCACUCCGUCCGCGCCCCUGCAUUGGCGUCAGGGGUCUCCGUCAAGGGGCUUAGCCGGAAUGGGACUGGUGGAUCGACAUGGGGACUGGUCGGGACGCCGGACGGCCUCGACUACCAGAACGGGGGGGGCUUCCUCAUCUUCUACGUACGGAGAACUCCUUUUCUGCCAGGCGGUGAGCCAUACGAUCCAUUGGCUACCGCCGUUCCAAAAGCUACGCGGCAGAGGCAGAGAGAUGAAAGAAAGACAGGAACUGAAGAAGCAGGGAAACCCGUACCAAAUCAUUCCCUGCACCCCCGGUCCUGUAUGAAACUGCGCCAUCACGGAGAAGGAGGAGCACCCUCGUCUUUCACCAAUGACAAUGUCUUAUCUAUCAUCAAUUGUCCAGCUCUCAGCUCUGAGCCUGUGACUCUGGGGAGGCCGGUGGAAAAAUUCUUGGUUGUGGUCGAUUCAUGA